AUGGUUGAUGUGAAGGAUAGCUCGGGUGGAUCUGCUCCGAAUCCGCCAACUGUCGGGCUAGAAGGUGGUUCUAGCGCUAUUCCAACCGGUCACGAUGUCACCGCACAUAACGAGUUGGGUGAUAUGCGUACCUUCGAGGAGCUUACAGCUGCAAUCAGAGCAGCACCGAUAUUGGAUGGUACACCAGCAUUCAUAGAGGUCAUAGAUAGGGAUCCACUUGCUGAGGCUAUAGGCGAUGAUGAGUCAGAUUCGGGACCAUCCAUAUUGGCGAUGAUACUGAUGGUGAGGAAGAUACAACACGAGUUGGGAGAUCGCAAGGGAGACGGGCAUAGUAUGCUUGGCACAGAGAAGUUUCAAAUCAGCCAGCACAGUUCCAAAGUAAGGAGGAAUCUAGAAAAUGCUACUGGAAAGUCCGAAAAUACAAUAGGGCCACACACAUGUCUUGCAACCGAGAUAUCCAUCGAUCAUAGGCAGCUUUAUUAUCAUGUCAUCUAUGAAUCAAUUCUAUCGCUGGUCAUGGCCGAUGCAACAAUCUUAGUGAAAGUAUUGCAAAAUGCGGUCUCAUCGAAAUAUGGUUUCAAGCCCAAUUACAGGCAGAUAUACAUGCCAGGCACUACUGCAGUGUUGCGUACUUCACCUGUAAGGUCUAGUAAUACAGUCAAUGGAACGAGGGUGUUCUUUCAUCGAUUGUUUUGGACGUUUUCGCCAUGUGUUGAGACCUUCAAGUAUUGCAAGUCACUGAUAUCUAUUGAUGGUACUCAUUUGUAUGGCAAGUACGGUGGUACUUUACUCAUGGCGAUUGCACAAGAUGGAAACUCAAACAUCCUUCCAGUUGCAUUUAGGCUAGUCGAGGGUGAGAACACAGCUUCAUGGAAGUUUUUCCUGAGUCACCUUCAUCAACACAUCCUGUAA